UUUUAAAACUAAGGUCCAAACCCAGUUUAACCCAAUCCCUAUUUGCAUUUGGUGCCCUAAAUCAAAACUCCAAAAAUCUGAUUGAUUCACUUCUCUCACUCUCACCGGCGCAGCAACCGUCGGCGACCGCCAGGAAGCGGCGCAGGAGCUGCUUUGUCUGCCAUUUUCAAGAGCUCUUAUUGAUUAUAUUCCAUCAUUAUGGAUGCUCCGAAUGAACUGAGCUACAAACCACCCCCAGAGUUUGAGGAGGUCAAAAGGGAUUCACUUAUCAAUCUGAACAUUACAGACUCAACUGAGCUCUGGCUUAUACAGUGGCCCUUUAAUCAACAUCCAGGUCUUGAUGGACAAGAAGUUUCGUUGAAGCUCCAUCAUGAUGGGUGUAUGGGCAGCUUUGAGGAUUCAUCUGGUAAAUCAUAUGAAGUGGUUAGUUGUAGAGCGCAGGACCCAGAUGCGGUGGUCUUUCUAUCUUCUGAUUCUGAGCCAAAAAUUGCUGGCAAAAUUUCACGGCGUGUUUCCCUUAUCCAUUACCCAGAACCAAGUGAACUUAAACAGAACAGCAUAAACUUGAAGCAGAUGAUGGCUCAGAGGUCGUCUGCUACUACAUUGACCAAUUCGUCUCGUCGCUUUGCAACUCCUACUCAAAGUACUAGGACACGGAGUAUUAUGCGAUCAGGGAGUUCAUCCAAAUCUACCAAGAGAAAACACGGUGAUGGCGGCCCUAAAAAAUCCAAUUGCCAAUCUGUGCAAGAUUCAGGCAAAAGUGGUCAUAGUGCAUUGACCUCUUCAGGGUCCUUUGAUCAAUCUCAAGAUCAAAAAUCAAAGAAGAAAAGGAAAAUUGUUGGUUGAAGUGUUGUGAAUCGAAUUCUUUUUGGUUAAAGAAUCUCUUUUUAGCUGCCCUAGUACAAUUGAGCGCUUUAACCAUUCAGCCAUGAACUCGAGCACUUUCUUAUUCAUAAAGAUUAUAAGCUUGAUCAGAUCGAUUCUUCUUCUGCGACAUUGAUUUCUCUCUUAUGUUAGUUGUAGAACAAAUGUUAUGAGGUUUUUGCGCCAUAGCUUGGGUGCCUUGUUAUGAUUUUAUGUAUACGUUUUGACCUGCUGGAGAUUAAUCUCCCAGUGGAAUAUCCAUAGAGACAAAGUUUUGUUGAUACUCAAAGUAUCAAAUGUUAUUUAUCUUUGUUUUAAA